UGCUGCUGUGUGGUACUAUACGGAAGUGCUGUGUUGCUGUGUGUGGUUCUAGAACUAUGACUUCAUACCUUUCCAGAGAGGUUGAAUUAAGCAAGAGACAUGAAGACAUAAUAGCAAAGAGAGCCGAACUUCUGCAAGAAAUGAAGAUUCAACAUGAACGACAAGAAAGCCAAAAGACGGAUAACAGCCAGCAAACCGAAGCAGCACAUAAAAGAAACCAAUCGAUCUUAGAAGAUUUACAGAUAGCAGAGCAAAACCUUAUGCAAAGGGUUAAAUCUAGCCCAACUCCUGCUACCAUUACCCUUGAGAGUGACUACUGGGAUUCCAUAGAAAAAGAAAUUCCUAAGUGGGAGCAGUUUUUUCUAGGAAAAACUCAAUCACCGUAUCAUAUCAAGCAAACGCAUCUUACAAAGAAAAAAGGAAUUAUUUCCCAAACCAUGAAAACAUCAAGGAAAGAUAAAUUGCCGCCUUCUGGCUUUCAUUCAAACACUUUUCCAAGGUGACGUCCUUUCUUGAAAAAUUAGAUUUUGGUUCAUAAACAUUUAUCCUAAAUUUUAACAAUUUGUGUAUUUAUAAUAAUAUACAUUCUUUUUGCAUGCAAUACUUAGCAAUAUUUGUUGUAACUGUGUAAUGUAAUUAAUGUUUUACCUACCGUGUAAUGCAAGUUACAGAUUUAAUAGAAAGUGAGAGAAAAUAAAGUUAUAAUUUUGUGCAUGUCUAAAAACAUCAAAGUAUUAAAGGGACAGUCUACUCCAGAAUGUUUAUUGUUAAAAAAGAUAGAUAAUACGUUUAUUGCCCAUUCCCCAGUUUUGCUUAACCAACACUGUUAUAUUUAUAUACUUUUACCUCUGCAGACAGCCCCCUAAUUUGAGUCCUAUUUAAAAAUUUACAUUUUAGCCAAUUAGUGCUGCUUCAUAAAUAACGCCACUGGAUUGAGCACAAUGCUAUCUAUAUGGCACACCUGAACUAGCACUGAGAUAAGAGGUGGCUUGCAGAUGUUUAGAAACAGACAUUUAGAGGUUUAAUGGUUAUAACGUUUAUUAAUAUAACUGUGUUGGUUGUGCAAAGCUGGGGAAUGGGUAGUAAAGACAUUAUCUAUCUUUCUAAGCAAUAAAAAAAAAAUCAAGUAGACUGUUCCUUUAACUACCAAAAGAUACAGUGUUUCUUUAUAAAAAUAGUACUGGAGUUGUACAUAAGAGUGGAGUCUGGAUUCCAUAUAAUGCUUAUGUCAGAUCAAAUGUCUUUGGAUGAGUAUGUUUAAACCUUUUGGGGCUCAUCAGAAUGAUGCUAGUUGUUAUUUUUUGGAGAAUAAAAUAUGUAAAACAUUAAUGCCAGCAAAUUAAACAUUUUAAGGAUUUAAUUGUUUAACAAAUUUAACAUGAAAGGGACAUAUAACUCAAAUGUCUAUGCAAAUUGUCUGUGAAAUGUACUUUUGUUUAUUAUUUUGCCUCCUUUUUCUGUAGUUUCCACUUUGAAAAUAUUUUUUUCUUAUUCCCCCUAAAAUUUCAACUACAUACUCCAGAAUUCCGAAGCCUAACCUUCCUACAUUUUACACAGUGUUUGCUUGAUCCGUGUAGUCAUGUAUUUAGUUUACUCUUUCAAAUACUUGGGUAUGUUGUUAGACCACUUGCAUCUAAACUCCAAAACUAGGUGCCCUGUACAAAAACAAAUCCUGCCUCAGCCCUACAGUAAAGGAAAAGAUUCUAUAGCAAAUGCUGAUGCCAAUCAUGGAUUAUGGGGAUGUAGUAUAUGCACCUGCAUCGCAAACUCACCUUAAUAAACUAAAUACACUGUAUAACUCGUUCUGCCGCUUUGUGCUACAAUGUAACUACAGGACCCACCAUUGUGACAUGCUAAAAGAACUAAACUGGCUGACGCUGGAAUCCAGACGCACCCUCUAUCUUUCCUGCCUUGUGUUUAAGAGCCUUUCUGGGAAGCUCCCACCCUACCUGAACAGAUUGCUCUCCCCGGCUAUUCCCACCUCCUAUAACCUCCGAUCCAGUACCAGCACAUUAUUUAGUUUGCCUCAAUACAAAAAGAAAGCAGAUCGAUCCUCCUUUUCCUACAGAGCACCACAAUUAUGGAACGACCUCCCGCACACUUUCAAACUUUCCCCAAGCCUAAAAUCCUUUAAGAGAUCUCUCUCUACAUAUCUCAAAACAAAUGCACCUGUCAUGGCUGAUUAUAUAUUUCCUAACUGUUCUAUGUUACAUUUUGCAUAUAUUAUGUAUUAAUAUUGUUUUUGUAUUUUAUUGUAAUAUAAUAACAUAUAAUCCAGAAGAUUUAAAUACAUUAGCUUUAUCAUGAAGUUACUGUAUGCUGUUACCUUUUAUUUUAUUUGUACCUUAUUGGUUAUACAAUAAAUAUACAGAAUGUUGAUAA